AAUGGCUUCUCACCUCGUCCAUCUUCAAGGUUUCCUUCUUCGUAUUGGCCUAGGGACACGCCUGUCCGGUCCCUGGCUCGUCUUCGUUGGUGACAGUGCCGAAAAAGGCCCACCUUUCUCCAGAGGAUUGGCGGAUCCGUGCACACACAGCCCACCCUUGAUUGUAGGCGUAAUUGUGCCAUUGGCCGGGGCCCCCGCCCAGGGCGAGGAGGAGGAGGAGGAGGAGGAGCAGGAGGGUUUGGUUGAGCUGCGGCUGUUUGUCUGUUCGACACAGGCUUGGGCCCGACGGGGGAGACGGAGGUGCAGGACUGUUGAAGCCUGGACGUCCCCUCCCCUCCCCCCUCCCCCCUUUGCCGCUUUGUGGCAUCCCCCUCCCUACGUCCUUUCCCACUCUGAAAAUCUAGCCAUGACUAGCAGAAGCACAGCCAGGCCCAAUGGGCAGCCCCAGGCCAGCAAAAUAUGCCAGUUCAAAUUGGUCCUGCUGGGUGAAUCUGCAGUGGGGAAGUCUAGCCUGGUAUUACGUUUCGUCAAAGGGCAGUUCCAUGAGUACCAGGAGAGCACCAUUGGAGCGGCCUUCCUCACCCAGUCUGUUUGCCUAGAUGACACAACAGUCAAGUUUGAGAUCUGGGACACAGCAGGGCAGGAGCGAUACCAUAGCUUGGCCCCCAUGUACUACAGAGGUGCCCAAGCUGCAAUUGUGGUUUAUGACAUUACUAAUCAGGAAACCUUCGCCCGAGCGAAGACAUGGGUAAAGGAACUACAGCGGCAGGCCAGUCCUAGCAUUGUUAUAGCCCUGGCGGGGAACAAAGCUGACCUGGCCAACAAGCGCCUGGUGGAGUAUGAAGAGGCUCAAGCAUAUGCAGAUGACAACAGCUUAUUGUUUAUGGAGACCUCAGCCAAGACAGCUAUGAACGUCAAUGAUCUCUUCCUGGCAAUAGCUAAGAAGUUGCCAAAGAGUGAACCCCAGAAUCUGGGGGGUGCAGCAGGCCGAAGCCGAGGCGUGGAUCUCCACGAGCAGUCCCAGCAGAACAAGAGCCAGUGUUGUAGCAACUGAGGGGGCAGCUAGCAGCAAACAAGUAUGGAGCUAGCACGAAAGCUAAAAAAAAUAACCUCCAUUCCCACCCCUCAGCACACAGCCCCUACGGUAACAGCACACUGAGCCCUGGCUCCCAAGGGCUGCCUCCUGACAGCUCCGUCAUGGCACUUUUUAACGCUUCAGCAACCAACACCAGGCAGCUGUUGCCACUGACCUCCAACCCCUACUCUGGGACUCGGGGGGGUCAGGUCUCCCAGGACUUACCUUCCAAAACCACCUUUCUUCACUUUGUAUUAUAGGUGCAAGACAGUGACCUACUUACCUUUCCUCCUCCUCCCCAUUUUUUCAGAAAACAUUUUUUUGUCUUCUGCCCUUUCUGCUUUUGGUCAACCCCUGUUCUUGAUCCCCUUUUCCUCCUUUCCCCAGGAUGGAGAAGGUGGUGAACCCAGGAACUGAGGAAGGAAGUUUCUAAUUCAGUCACAUUAAGGGCCCUGGGGGAGAGUAAGGCUCAGAGCAGGAGGGAGUAAGGAAAUUUCCAUUUUUGGUUUUAUUUGGUUGGAAUUUCUCAUUUGAAAACACUGCAUUAUCCAUGAGUCAGCCUUGUGGAAGGUGUUUCAAGGUAGAGAAUGGGAAGGCAAGCGCGCAGGCACCAGGUGAGAGUCGUGUUGUUAGCUAACUGGGCAGAGGUGGAGGAGGAGGUGGAGAUACAACGUCAUCUAUGGCUCUUGAACUCUUCCAAGGCCUAAUUUCCCCUCAAUCAGUCUCUUAGGUAGCUUCUCUUCCGUACUGGGGGAGACGCCAAACCCCAGAGUCCUCCAAAGAAUCUUCACUGGUUGCCUGCAUCUUUGGCUCUGCUGUGAUCUAAUUGGAGGAGGGACCAGUUUCUGAUAUCCAUCCUCUGAUUUAUACGUAUGCAUUUUUUUUCUCUCUGGCCUUUAGGUGGCCUCAAGCCCAGCCACUAUAUCCCCCUGCAGUUUGCACUUUAAUUGAUGGUGGUUCAGUUGGGAUACUUGUUUUAUGGGAGUUUUGAUUGAUUUACCUGCCCUCUCACUUUUUUAAUUAAAUGGAAUCCAAGAUGUAUAUGAGGUUUGGGGAGGGACUGUAGAGAACAGUAUCAGUGGCAGCUACUCAAGCCCAGUCUCCACUGCGAGCUUCCUCCAACUCCGAUUCUUAACCUAUAUCUGUGCCAGCCUAGCUCUUGGGUGUAGGUUUGCCUUUCCUAGGGAAUUAACUGAAGCAACUGGAGAGCGGUCUCAGGAUAGCACAGGCCAUGGAAAGGGGUGAAGAGGAGUAAGGCAAGAGGGAGGAGUUUUCUCUCCUUUCCCAGGGUUCAUGUUCAAUUUGAUCCACCCGUUACCGUGUGUUUUCUACUUCCCUGUAAAUAGGUGUGAUCUUUGUUCCCACUGUACAGUCUGUUCUCCACCCCCCACCCCCCAAUCAGGCCUUAUUUCUUUUCUCCUUUGUUAGUAUCUUCAGUUUAGUCCUUCUGUGCUUAUCCCCAUACUCACCCCCCAUGCAACCAGUGGUUUAAUCCAAAUACCACUAGGGACUAGUACCACAGGCCUACUGGUGGCCACCUUAUAAUACCUGUCCCUGUGGAGAAUGACUGGCACUGAAAAUCCCCUCGCAUCACCAGAAGAUGUUGGUCCUUUCUAAAUCUCUAGCCUCUCUUUACAUCCCUCAUCAGGUAUUUUAGGAUGUCUUUGGGAAGCCAUCAAGGCACGAGAGAAUUCUGAACUCCUUGUUCCAGCCUAGAGUUUUGUGAAAAUUGGGGGAAGUAAUGUAGGAAAGGCCUCAGUGAGGGCCUUGGUGACCUAGGAUUGGAACCACUCUGCCCUUUUGGCUUGCAGACUUCCUUCUGUCCCAGAGCAGCUGAGAAAUCCAUGAGGCUGAGAUCCUGAAGGACCUAGCUUAAGUUCUUCCCCUUAGGUCUCAAUUCCCUUCCUUUUCCAGGGGCAGCCUUAUUUCCUGUGGCCCUGAAACACACAUACAUUUUUGCCUUCCUUUCCCAGCACCCCACUAAGCCCCCAAGAACACCCAGUACAUCCUUAUAAGUGGAAGAACUAGGAUGGUUCUCCUAAGUCUCUUAGAAAUGAAGUUCUCUCUCUGUACAGCUUUCCCCACGGAGCAGGAGUGAGAACGUUUCAUUGCCUUGGGUCUGGGAAACCAUCUAUCCAGGCUUCUCCUCCCCUCUCCACCCCCCCUUUAGGACUGGCCUUAGCUUCUGGGCCUCUCUGCUGCCUUCCUUCUACUUCCUAUCAGCUCUCUGCUUUCCUUUGAGCUCUGUUGGGCUUGGGGAUCUUUGUUUUUAUUUCCAAGCUUUUCAUUUUUCUCUUUUGAUCAGUUUUUUUGGGGGGUCCUUUUUUUUUCUUCUGAGAAAGCAUUUGCCUUUCCCCCCCUUCUUCCUCUUCCAACAUAACAAUCGUGGUAACAGAAUGCGACUGCUGAUUUACCGAUGUAUUUAAUGUAAGUAAAAAAAGGAAAAAAAA